ACUUCACUAGCAUUCACCGGUUCACCCAAAAAACAGAGAGGGCCGUUUUCAUGGAGUCUUCUUCUCCAACUAAUUUUCCCAGAUGGGUUCCAAGCCCCUCAAGAUCACAACUACCGACUGCAGAAGACCCCGAUGUGAAGACAAAUGCGAAUCAUAAUCAUCAUGAUUCUGCAGACUUAUCAUCUUCUAGCUUGGAUAGGAUUUUCCCAUUUAAUGAUGGAUUCAAAAACCCUACUCUUGCUAGUGCUUCUGCGGUUGAAAGGUCACUUGAAAUUGAAACUGCUCAUUUAAAAAGCAGCCCUAGCCUUGGUGCUGCCGGAAGUGCUCAUUUCAAAACCAGCCCUGGUGGUGCCGGUAGUGUUUCUUUGGUAUGGGAGGACUUGUGGGUCGGAGUAACUAACGGGAGAAGCGGGCAGAGAAUGAUUUUGCAGGGGCUUACUGGGUUUGCUCAACCUGGUGAGGUCUUGGCUAUCAUGGGUCCUUCUGGCUGUGGCAAGUCUACCCUUUUGGAUGCUUUGGCUGGAAGGCUAAGUUCAAGCACGAAACAGAGAGGGGAUAUCCUAAUCAACGGACGCAGAGAACCACUUGCCUUCGGAACCUCGGCUUAUGUGACACAAGACGACACACUUAUGACAACCUUAACAGUAAGGGAAGUUGUGUAUUACUCGGCGCAGCUCCAACUGCCCAACUCCAUGUCGAAAGAAGAGAAGAAGGAAAGAGCAGAGACGACAAUAAGGGAGAUGGGUCUGCAAGACUCCAUGGACACGAGAAUAGGAGGUUGGAGCAGAAGAGGUCUUAGUGGUGGACAAAAAAGAAGAGUUAGCAUCUGUAUUGAAAUCUUGACUCGUCCCAAGCUUCUCUUCCUUGAUGAGCCUACUAGUGGUCUAGACAGUGCAGCAUCUUACCAUGUCAUGAACCGCAUAGUUAAGCUGGCUCACCGCGAUGGACGAACAGUUAUUGCUUCAAUUCAUCAACCUAGCAGUGAAGUCUUUGAGCUUUUCCAAAACCUCUGCCUUCUAUCAUCUGGUAGAACAGUCUAUUUUGGACGUGCUUCGAAGGCAGAACAGUUCUUUGCUUCAAAUGGCUUCCCAUGUCCAUCUCUGAGAAACCCGUCUGAUCAUUAUCUUAGAACAAUUAACAAGGACUUCGAUAUUGACGUUGAACAAGGACAUGAUGGCAGCAUAAGCACUGAGGAAGCAAUCAAUACUCUCAUAAGAUCAUACAAGUCUUCAAAUACUUUUGAGGAAGUUCAGCACAGGGUAGCUGAGAUCUGCAUACAGAAUGGUGGAGUUCUAGAGAAGGGAAGCCAGGCCAACUUCAUAACUCAAUGCUCCGUUUUGAUAAGGAGAUCAUUUGUCAACAUGUAUCGAGAUCUAGGCUACUACUGGCUUCGCCUUGCAAUUUACAUCGCCUUGUGCUUAUGUGUAGGGACUAUUUUCUAUGACAUCGGCUUCAGCUUUGGGUCGAUACAGGCUAGAGGAUCCAUGCUCAUGUUCAUAGCAGCAUUUUUAACAUUCAUGGCAAUUGGUGGAUUCCCAUCUUUUGUUGAAGACAUGAAGAUAUUCGGGAGAGAAAGAUUAAACGGGCACUAUGGUGUUGCUGCAUAUGUGGUUGGGAACACAUUUUCUUCCAUUCCCUACUUGGUAAUGAUAUCUUUAAUUCCUGGAGCAUUAGCCUAUUUCCUUGUCGGCCUUCAGAAGAGCUUUGAGCACUUCGCCUAUUUUGCAUCGGUGCUCUUCGUGUGCAUGAUGAUGGUUGAGAGCCUAAUGAUGAUUGUGGCGAGCAUUGUGCCCGAUUUCCUCAUGGGGAUCAUCACAGGUGCUGGGAUUCAAGGAGUAAUGAUGUUGAAUGGAGGUUUCUUCCGAUUACCAAAUGAUCUUCCGAAGCCCUUCUGGAGAUACCCCAUGUACUACAUUGCAUUCCACAAGUAUGCAAAUCAAGGUUUCUUCAAAAAUGAGUUUGAAGGACUCACAUUCCCCAACAACCAAGCAGGAGGGCCUCCCACUAUUACUGGUGUUGAAAUAUUGAAAGAUACUUGGCAAGUGGAGAUGGGUUAUUCCAAAUGGGUUGAUCUUGCCAUUUUGUUUGGAAUGGUAAUUGUUUACAGGCUUAUGUUCUUGGGAAUCAUCAAGCUAAAUGAAAAGGUUGUGCCAAUGAUCAAAGCUCGUCUGAUUGGUGUUAGCAAGCUCUCUCAACCGAUCACUAUUAAGGAUGCAUCCUAGGCGUGUAAUUAAGCAAUAUGUUGUUCAGUUUUGUUCAAAUGAAGAGGAUCGAGUGUACGUAGUAUAUAUCGAAGUUAUAUAAGGCCAUGUAUACAACGUUCAAGUACUCAACUAUGGUUGAAUCUUGAAGUGACUUGGACGAAAGAUUAUAUAUCUAUUGUAGUGGAAUGGUGUGGUAUGAUGAAUAAAUGAUUUGGGCUUCUGAAUGUGUUUUAUGUUGCACUAUGGAAGGCAGCAGAAUGAAAUGAAAGCUCAUUAUGUAAUUUCUUGUCACAUGUGUCGUAUGAUAAAUAACAAUGUAAUGUCUUAGAUCGAUA